UAUGAGUGGGAUCACUCGGUUCACAAAAGGAAAAGACUCACCCGUGUGAAAAGGUCUCUGGUGUACUACCUGAAAGGUAGAGAGGUCAGGAUGCAGAAUGAGUCCAGCUAUCACCGCGUAUUGCAUGGAUAUGCAGCCCAGCAGCUUCCCAGCCUCCUGAAGGAGAGAGAAUUUCACCUUGGAACCCUUAAUAAAGUGUUUGCCUCCCAGUGGCUGAACCACCGACAAGUGGUGUGUGGGACAAAAUGCAACACAUUAUUUGUAGUAGAUGUCCAGACUGGUCAAAUUACCAAGAUUCCUAUUCUGAAAGAUCGUGAACCUGGCAUGGUGAACCAGCAGGGAUGUGGUAUUCAUGCCAUUGAGCUCAACCCCUCGAGGACCCUUCUGGCCACAGGUGGAGACAACCCCAACAGUCUUGCAAUUUAUCGUCUGCCUACACUCGAUCCUGUCUGUGUGGGAGAUGAUGGACAUAAAGACUGGAUAUUUUCAAUUGCAUGGAUCAGUGAUACUAUGGCUGUUUCUGGUUCCCGGGAUGGUUCGAUGGGUCUCUGGGAAGUCACAGAGGAUGUGUUGUCUAAAAGCGAUGCCAGGCAUAAUCUCUCUCAAGUUCCUGUCUAUGCCCACAUAACACACAGGGCUCUGAAGGAUAUCCCCAAGGAGAACACCAAUCCUGACAACUGCAAAGUCCGAGCAUUGGCUUUCAACAAUAAGAACAAGGAACUGGGAGCUGUGUCCCUAGAUGGGUAUUUUCAUCUUUGGAAAGCAGAGCACACACUAUCAAAGUUACUUUCCACAAAGUUGCCAUACUGCAGGGAGAAUGUGUGUUUGGCAUAUGGUCAGGAGUGGUCAGUGUACGCGGUAGGAUCACAGGCACACGUCUCCUUUCUGGAUCCAAGACAGCCUUCUCACAAUGUUAAAUCCGUCUGUUCCAAAGAACGAGGCAGUGGCAUUCGAUCGGUGAGCUUCUACGAGCACAUCAUCACAGUGGGAACAGGGCAAGGUUCUUUAUUGUUUUACGAUAUCAGAGCCCAGAGGUUCCUGGAUGAAAAACCUCCACGUGCCUGCUAUGGACAGAAGCAGAAACUAGGAGGAAGUGAAAUUUUGAAGUUGACCACUGGGAAAGGCUGGCUGAAUCAUGAUGAGACCUGGAGGAAUUAUUUUUCUGACAUAAAUUUCUUCCCAAAUGCUGUUUAUACCCACUGCUACGACUCGUCUGGAACGAAACUCUUUGUGGCAGGAGGCCCCCUUCCAUCUGGACUUCAUGGGAAUUACGCUGGUCUCUGGAGCUAAUGAUAACUCUUUAUGAAUGCUGAUAUUUACACAGAUUUCCACUGUUCUUUUCCUUUUCUUAACAACAAAAUUGUGUGAUGCCAUUGAUUUCUGAUUUAAAUGCAAGUUAUUUUUUUGGCAGAGUUUUCUGUUGGUCUCCAACAGUUUUGUACAUCUUUUUAAACCAGUUUUUUGCUUUAACCUCCUUGAUCCUUUAUAUGAAGAGUUUUUGAAAUCCCUUUCUAUUGUCUUUACUCCAAAUGACUCUUCCCUCACAUUUAGGCUAUCUUGGCCAUGUGCCCCAUCCCCUACUUUGCUGUGAGGUAGGAUUCCUUCCUUACACAGUGGUUGCUCCUGGGCUUUCUGUGAAAGUCUAUGGGCUGCGUGUGUGCAGGUACUUUGUGUCAGUUACAUUACCUGGAGUGAGGACUACUUGUAAUUAAAAAAAUAUUAAAAAUAUUUAUAAGAGAUAAGCUACUACUUUAUUUGCAGAGCCUGGCCCUGGCCUGGAUUGAUCUUAUUUUUUAAAAGUACAAGUCUAAUGACACUGUUUAUACGUAGAGGAAUACAGUAAUUUUAAGCUGUAAUCAUUGAUGCCCAGGGAUGGAUUCCCCAGGGGUAUUGCCUAUCAGGCCCAAAGUCCAGAAGUGCAGGAGUUCUCAAAAGUGCAUUUGUAUUUGAAUUUUAGCUUUCAGCAGUGUGAGGAGCAAAAAUUGAUCUUCU